AUGAUAGGUCGUGAUAUCAAGAUCAAGAUGGUUCGCAUUCAGCCAACUGGUCGAACAUACCAUCAAGAGUUAACUCGAUGGCGGAACUUGUGCACUAUCAACUCAGCUCUUACUCGCGGCGAUACUUCCGUCGUCCUUUACGAUUGGGAUCAUAUUCCCCAGGAUCAAAUAGGACAUAUUCGGCGCGCCAAAGAAGAAAUCCAAAAGCAACGUGUCUCUAAUUUUCCAGCACUCACAAAUACCUCCAAAGGCCCAGACCUAUCCGGCGUUUGUAAAGCGGAUUCUCUACGAGACAUUGAGUCAACGUCGUGGGAGGGAUUGAGGUUCAAAUUCGUCAAAGUGCUUGCCGAAGGAGGUCACGGUUAUGUUUCACUAUGGGAUGUCACCUUCGAUGACGGGUCAAUCAGGAGGGUGGUGAUCAAGAAAGGUAAAAAGGCUUCUGGUUCCUUUGAUCCCGUGAAUGAAGCGAGAUUCCACCUACGAUACGAGGCAGCGGAACACACGACCCAAGUCAUCAAGCUAUCCCACGAGUCGGCAGCGAUACGAAGAGCGAUGAUGAAGGAAAACCCAACGGCAGCCAAUAACUUUACAGAAGGCUGCAGUUGGAAUGCUGCAGAGCGUGGAUGUGUUGUGUUUGAGUAUGCUCCAUAUGGUGAUGUAUCUGGCCUUAUGAGCAACAUGGCUACAACGAAGCAAAAUUUCCCCAAUUCAGUUCUUUGGGGGGUACUGGAAUGCUAUGCGCUGGGACUUGCUACUGUCGCGUAUACACCAGUGUUGGACAAAUCUAUUACCUUUGAACAUCUUUUCAGAGAGGCCGAACAAAACAAUGAAGCAGAUAAAUUUCUGGAAAAAUUCGAGUCUAAUCAUAACUCAACGCAUGACAUUCAUCUGGACAUGGAAUACCUCAAUAUACUUGUUGGCCAAGAACAGUCUCACAAAGAUAGGCCCGCCUUCAAGUUGCAUGACCUGGGAGCGUUCAGCGAGAUCAUGAGUGAAUAUUGGGGUGAAAUGACUGAAAUCAAUCUUUGGAGAUUACGACAUUUCCCCAAGCCUCAAGCUGCAACGCCGGAACAAAUAAGCGGUGAGUGGGACUGCCUUCCUUUAGGGAUGACACCAGAAGAGGUGCGGAACGAUUUUGGAGGCGAGGAUUUUGAGAAGGGAUCUCCUUGUGCUGGGCGCUUUGGGACGUGGACUAAUGUCUUUCUCAUUGCCAAGGUGAUGGAAUCUAUGAUUACCGGAGUGUCUUACAGGCACCCCUUUGUGUGCAAACGCUAUGAGAGCUUGGACGGAAAGACAAGAUACACAUAUGGCUGGGCGCUGAAGAACAAGGAUUUUUCUUGGGUCGAUAUAGAGCUGCGUGACAUUGUCCGCAGAUGCCUCUUUGAAAAUCCUGUUGACAGACCCACCCCGAUACAAAUACUAAAGGUUAUCCAGCAAUGGAAGAACUCCGCGGGCUACGAUCCUAGGGAAAUUGCACGGUGGUGGGCAGCGUCGUAUGGCCCUCAACAAGUGCCAUCCCAUAUACCAAAGUCACCAGCCGCCAACGUCAAUCCUGUUCAACAGGCCGUGAUACAUCAGCAGGGACUUUUGGCAUUGCAUCCUGGAGUGCAGGUAACUGACACCAGAAAGGGUCAUCGAGCUCCGAACCAACCCACUCAACAUGUUACUGGCCCGUCAAACCAACAACAGUCUCAAAGUACUGCGCGAAGCAAUCAAGGAGGCAUUAGCCCUCGACAAACCCCUGGGCUGACGCAAUCACCUAUUCAGGCCGUGCCUCCUCCAAGUGAUCUACAGCCGCCUGGUUCUGGAAAGAAAGCACCUGUCAACACUCCGUCACCGCCGCAGAAGCGUCCACGAGAGGAGUCGACUGAACCGACUGAAGACAUGAGUCCUCUCAAGAUACAAAAACUUGGCGGAUCACGUAUCCUUGCUCAUAGGCCUCAAGGGACUAUCCAGGCUAUCUCAAGCUCGAGCUCUCCUCCUGCUUUCCUGGCCGCAACUAAUCUGAACGUUUCUAACAACACACGCCAUUUAAGACCUGCUCUAUCCCCGACCUUUCCGGUGGUAGCCACGUCACAUCACUCAUCAAGAUCCCCUCCUGCUUCCUUGCUGGCGGAUCUAAACAUUCAGAGCAUUACACCACCGCCUCCGCCGUCUCCUCCGAGUGCCUCGAAUACUUCUCCUCUUCUCUCAGGUUCUUCGAAAACUCGACCCGGUACUGCCAUUCAAAGCCAAUCAAGCGGGAUCGGUCCAGGGGAAGCUAUGGACAUCGAUCGUGAGGAGUCGUUUUACCAGUUCGACGAUAAUCGCAAUCAAGUUGCUUCGCCAUUAAUCCCUCCUGGCCAAGGUCCGAACAACCUCCAGCGUCAGCCCCCUUCUACGGGUUGGAGGAUGAGCAUUAACCGUGCUACCCAACGUCCUGCAAAGUACGUCAAGUUCGACAUGCCUCCAAGUCCCGAUAAAGAGCUUAAAGCUCAUGUGAAGAUUCUGUCGCCAAAGAUUCAGAGAGUGGUUCGUGGACCAAGUUCCAAGAAGCCCAAAUACCUCAAGUCCAAGGCGAUGCGCACAUUUGUCCGGAAAGCAUUGCCACAUAUGCCAGUCACUCUCCGCAACCUCAUGUCCCGGACGAAGGAGCUCGAUUCGCAGCUCACUAUUGGUACUGUUCCUGUUUAUGCUUAUCUAAAGUGA